AUGAACUUCCAGAACGAGCUCCGUCUUCUGCUUCUCGCCUACGGAGACCCAAGCCCUCACCCCUCCUUUCCAAACGAGCCACUCCCAGAAACAGUUCGUGUCCUCGACGAAAUUGUCACGGACUUCGUCCUAGAAGUAUGCCACGGCGCUGCGCAAGUCGCACAUCACGCUCGUCGCCAGAAGAUCAAGGUCGAAGAUUUCCGAUUUGCACUGCGCCGCGAUCCGAACAAGCUCGGACGUGUCCAGGAGCUGCUCCGCAUGGAGCGUGAGCUGAAAGAGGCUCGUAAGGCCUUUGACCAGAACGACGACCAAGUUGCCAAAGAGGCGGGCAAGAAGGGAGCUGCUGCUGCUGCCGCCGCAGUUGCAGCGGGUGAAGAUCCCGAGGCCGCAGAGGCCGCCGCCGCCGCUAGUGUCACUGGCAAGAAGGGGAAGAAUAAGGGCAAGGGGAAGAGGGAUGCAACUCGUCGGGGGUCAGACGCCACUGAGGAGUCUGUCACAAAGAAACGCAAGACCCUUGGUUGA